GGGCGCGAGCGCCGAGCGGCCCGUUUGAUAUCACAAUCGCUUGAUUGACAAUAAACGCGAAGCUAAUUAAGAAACCUAUUUUGUGUCGCCGUUCAACGUGCAGGGGCACUGGCGCACACUGGCGGUUACAUUUAGCCGUUAAAAAUAGUCCAAUCAAAUGUCACGCCCGUCAAUAAAUAGUUCCAAUUUCGAAGACCAAACAAAAGAUGGUACCCAAGCAUUUAUUAUGACGUUUACAAGUAAAUACGAUAAUAAUCGUGUCAGAAAACGUGUAAUUUGUAUUCUUAGUAUAAAUACGUUUUUUUCGCGUUUGAAAUAAUCUAAUUAUGAAUCGAAAUUAGUGAGUAUAGUUUAGUAUGAAGACUUCCAAUAUGACCAGGAAUAAGGGACAAGUAUAUAGUGUUGGAAAUUAUCUGAUGACUGGCAAGGUACUGGGAAAAGGACACUUUGCGAGAGUUGAAGAAGCCACACAUAGGAUAAUAGGAAAAAAGGUGGCUAUUAAGAUCAUAGAUUUGACGUGUAUUAAAGAGGAGUAUGCCCGUCGAAACUUACACCGCGAACCGCGGGUUAUGGCGAAGCUACGGCACCCAUGCAUCGCGGCUCUCUACGAAACUAUGAUGCACGGGCCGCGGCUGUACGUGGUGAUGGAGGCGGCGGGCGGCGGCGACCUGUGCGCGCACGUGCUGGGCGCGCGCGGCGCGGCGCGCGGCCUGCCCGAGGGACGCGCGCGCGCGCUGGCCGCGCAGCUCGUGUCCGCCGUGCGACACAUGCACGCGCGCGGCGUCGUGCACCGUGACUUAAAAAUGGAAAACAUCAUGUUGGACAGUACUAAGCAAUUCAUCAAAAUAGUCGACUUCGGACUAUCAAAUAUGUGGAGCGGCGGGGCGGCGCUGCGGACUCCGUGCGGAUCACUGGAGUACGCGGCCCCUGAACUCUUCGUGGACGGACGGCGAUACGGACCUGAAGUCGACCUAUGGAGCAUAGGCGUGAUCGUGUACGGCAUGGUGACGGGCGGGCUGCCGUUCACUGGCGCGGAGGGCGGCGAGGGCAAGUCACGGCCGCAGCUCCGCGCCGCCAUCUCGCGCGGCUUCACGCGCAAGCAGCGCGCCGCACUCGCCUGCGUCACGCCAGAGUGUAAGGCGUUUAUUCAACAUCUGUUGGAGCCAAACGUAGAGCUCCGGAUGAAGAUAGAGGAAGCAUCUCGUCAUCGCUGGGUGCGGAGACCUGGCAUGAGGAUGAAGACACAUCCGUUCGGCACUAUAGACCCGGUCGUCAACAGAGAGAUAUACAGACAGAUAUCGGAUCUGUGCUCGAUGCCAGUGAUAGACGUGGUGACGGAGAUAAAGUCGGAGCCAUUCGGGCGCCCCCGCUCCCCGACCGCCUACCGCGCCCCCGACCCGCGCCAGCCCGACCCCGACCGCGCCACCACCUCCGCCGCCCACCACCGGCCGCAGACGACCUCGCCUCCGAAAGUACAAGUAGUCACACAAAAAAUACGGAUCCCGAGCACUCCACCGCCGCGACCCGUCGAACUUAAAUAUGUUAACGGAAACGUGGAGUCGCUAAUAAAAACUACCCCGAAGAUGUCCGUUCCGGAGCGAACCAGCAAGAAGAGCCAGCUGCAGAGCCCGAGGUCGGCGAGCCGGUCGCCGUGCAGCCUGUACGGAGUGAAGAAGGCCGUGUACAGAGUGUACGACAACGGAGACUGCGGCCUCGACCCGCGCCUGCCCAGCAUCGACGAACAUUCCAACAUCGACGUCAACGACGCCAAGAAGAUGACGAGGAGUAAAACUGUGAGGAUGCCGUGUGUCAGGAAGGUGAGCCUGGACGAGGACCGGGCCCUCAGACACAACACCUGCCCCAACAGACUCGGCGACAAGCGCGCAGAGUUCUACAGGAAGGCAGGCGACGGACUACCCAGUUGGCGAGCUAGCGGCACGCUGGGGACGCCGCCUCCGAGAAUCUUAUUACAGAAUAAUGCCACAACCAUCAAACGAGCCUCCUUAGGCAACAUCGUGAGCCCGCACUCGUCGUCCAACAGCCAGUGCCGCAGCGAGCGCGCGCUGCCGGUGGGCUGGGCGCGCGCCGCGGCCAGCGACGGCGCGCACGUGCAGCGACUGCGGCGCACGGCGCCCAUGAAGUGACUGCAGCACAAGGCGCCCAUGUAGUGACUGCAGCACACGGCGCCCAUGUAGUGACUGCGGCACUCGGCGCCCAUGAAGUGACCAUCACGUUAGCGGACCGCCGCGCACUACACUAACCGUCCCGACACAAUCUCGCGGUUAGUCGUCAGUGUGCAGCGGACCUUAGUCAAAAUUUCGCGUACUACCUUCGAUGUAAUGUUAAGCGAAUGAAGCACUUUUACUAUAUACUACGCUCGACUUCCAAGUAAUCUUUUUUGGACUAGUAUUUUUUGUUACGUUUAUAAUAUAAUGCGUUUUACAUUUUAAAUACUAAAUAAUAGAGUGUUAUGUUAUGCUUGUUGCAUGUAUUUUAUUGAAAGAUUAAUAUAAGAUGUGCAUUACGAUAUUGUAUUUUUAUUUAUACUUAGUGAUGCGCCCGCGCCACGGCUUCGUAUAGUGAUUUUACAUGUGUAGUUUUUAAACCGUGACAUUUCUCGAGGGGGGGCAUGUCACAGAAGUCAUAAAUGUUCAAUUUAAGAAAAGGUUUCUGGCCAAUAGUUAAAA